AUGGAAGAGAUUUGGAGAAUGAGCUCGAGUUCCUCACCAUCUCGACACUUUAGCUCGUUUCAUCCUCUCCCCAAUUCACGCAGAUCUAGCAAGAUGUUUGGCUUCAGCUUGAAGCAUGGUCCCCGCAGCAAUGGUCUAGACGACGAAUACCAUCAUCCCGUGGUGAUCAACGGCAUUGAGUCCACACCGACGAGCCAGCACCCGUCUCCUUGGGCGUCGAGAGUUCCUUCGCCGUCGUCGACCCCUUGCUCGUCGAUCGCGCACGGUGAUCUCGGUAACGAGAGUCCUCCUGUUAGCCGCACACCCGAGAAAAAACGCAGUUCGUGGCUGGGAUCCAUGCCAGCAUCGUAUUUUACGCCUCAUCGAGCACCAGCCUCACCGAGCGAGAACUUCUCUCUACCGCCUGUCGUGACUCGUGCUGGGAGAAGACCUCAUUCGAGGGCCAACUCAUCAUCUUCGAGCUCGAGCAAGUCCAUGGUGGCUCCCACCUUGGAUCAUCAUCGUGAAAAGGCAAAGGCUGACACCGUCGACUCCGCUAGAAGCAACGCGGAGGUGGAGUCGAUGAUCCCCAAUGUGCAAUUUUUAGGUCUAAUGCUGCUCCUGAUCUUGCUCAUCUCUUCUCCUCUUAUCAAAGUUCUGUCCGUUCUGCUGUUUGUUGCUCUGGUCGUUCUGGAUGACUCUUGA